UUUUAAGCAGACACAAGAAUUCCACUGACGGAAUUUACAGGCUGAAGUCAGGCUCUUCGGGUGAAUACUACGACGUGUAUUGUCAGAUGACAGAUAUUGGGGCCUGUGGCGCAGGGGGAUGGACUCUUGCCAUGAAAUUAAACGGAACUAAGAAUACAUUUACCUAUGACUCUCCCCUGUGGACGAACAACGAGACAUACGCGAUACAAGAUGGUCUGGAAGGACUGACAGAGAAAGAAAGCAAGUUGGCUUCGUAUUGGAAUACUCCGUUCACAAAGAUAUGCAUGGGUAUGUCUUAUAACGGAACGAGAAAAUGGAUGACCUUUAACUACGCUGCAAGUUCGCUGUACAGUGUGAUCGCGGACGGACAAUUUAGGCCAACUACUGCUGGCCGAGCUGCAUGGAAAUCCCUGAUCGUGGAAUCUUCACUACAAUAUAACUGCAACAGAGAGGGGUUUAAUGUGCGGUUCAAUGGUGAAUCGGCAAUGCGAAUCGGAAUUGUUAGUAAUAAUGAACGCGACUGCGCAUCGUGUGAUUCUUGGAUUGGCAUCAGCAGAGGUUCUUUUACGACUGACGGUACCUGGCACAGUAGAAUGGUUUGUGGCAAUCAUGCAAGCCACCAUAGUCACGAUAAUGGAAUUAAAAACUCCGUCACGUUCGGAUAUAUUUUUGUGCAAAGGGAGAUCGUCAUGCACGCUACAAUGAAAACAUGUCUGCUCUUCUUCAUCUUAGAAAGCGUUGCUCUGAGUGAAAGCACAAACGAGGCCGUGUUUCGCAGACGUGUCGAAACUUAUUUGCCGAAUUGCGUUUUUCGUACCAAAAGAGCAAGGAGCGAGUCCGAGUGUAGCAUUUACUGCCUACGUCAUUCGUCCUGUUUUUCGGCAAACUACAAAUUUACUUCACCUACAGAUGGAAUCUGCGAGCUCAACAGCAAGACGAUAAAAGACCUGCCAAAUGAAGAUAAACAUAAUCCUGACUACGUUUAUCUUGAAAAGGUCUGGUCAAAUGAAGAGAACGAGUUUUCACCUGACACAAAAGAACAAGCUUCUUCCCCAUCUUGCAAGGAACUGUUUCUUAAGCAUGAAUCAUUGCCUGAUGGUGUCCACACUCUACAGCAAAAUUCCUCUUCGGCACCAUAUAAGGCAUAUUGUCACAUGACAGAUAUACCAGGAUGUGGGGGUGGGGGCUGGACACUAGUGAUAAAGCUCGAUGGGAAUAAGGAUACAUUCACCUACAAUUCCCAACUGUGGACGAACAAGGAGACAUACGGUAUACAAGAUGGUUUGGAAGGACUGGCAAAGAAAGAAAGCAAGUUAGAUUCUUACUGGAAAACACCGCUCACUAAGGUUUGCCUCGGCAUGUCGUAUAACGGAAACAGAAAAUGGAUGAGCUUCAACUACACUGCCAAUUCGCUGUACAGCGCGAUAGCUGACGGCACAUUUAGGGCAACUACCGCUGGCAGAGCUGCAUGGAAAUCUCUGGUCACGGACUCGUCACUACAAAGGAACUGCAACAGGGAAGGGUUUAAUGUUUUUUCGAGAAUGCGAAUUGGAUUAUUUGCCAAUCAAGAGAACGAUUGUCACUCGUGCGACUCUUGGAUUGGUUUUGGAACAUUAAUCAGUGGAAAGACUUGUGCUAAUUAUGCUUUCAACCACUCCCCUGACAACGGAAACAAAGACCUAGUGACAUUCGGUUACAUUCUUGUUCAAUAAUAAACUUCAAAGGACGUCUUACAUUAAAGAUCUAAGACUAAGUUCAGAUAACUAACUUCGUAUAAAUUCUUGACACAUGUCUGAAGAAUGUUUAAGGUAAGGGAGCCUCGGAAGGAAGCUGAAAUUUUAGUUGUAAAUUUGCAGAAGUAUACAAUCAAAUAAUUAACUAAUUAGGCUAUUGAUUCAUCAUCAAGGAAUCCGUUGUCUGCACGAGUUUGCAUAAAACUACAUUGGACAGAACCAAAACCUUGCAUGAAUGUGCUUUAAGAUCGAGACAUUCCGGCUUCCGCCGACCAAUGUUGAAGAAAAUAAUAUAACGGCUUUAGCUUAAUAUGGCGAAUAUAUCAAGAGAUUUUUAUAGCUGGUAGCUACACUUUCAUCUUAACGGUAAUUUAAUUAAUCUAAAUGUAUAC